AUGGAUGAACAUUCACCCCAAGAGGAAAUAGCGGCGAACUACAUCUGGUUGAAGCCCAUGGUGCGCCAAUGGCCCACCAGUGUGCCCGGGGCACUUGUUUUGACGGACGUCUUUCUGUAUCUUGACCAACUCUUGGAUGGGACCCUGCUCUGCAAACCUGGCGUCGCGAAGGUUGUGCAAGCUUCGGAAGAAGGAGGCAGAGCGAAGAAACUCAUAGGGGCGUUGCGUUAUCUUUUCCGAAAUAGCAUGAAGAGUUUUCAUCCUCGGGUUGGAGAGCUGAAGUCAAUGUUGCGCCCGUCCCCUGCCAGUGCAGUUCGUCGUCGGCUUGCCCGUCGCCCAGUUCUAGAAGAUGAUGAUAUGAACGAGGCAAAGGCAUUGGAAGAUGCUACAAGUGAUGCUGGGGAUGCUGGGGAGGAUGAUUCGGGUGAUGUGGAGGCUUCGAAUGAGGAUGGCUCGUCAUCAUCGGAAGAUGAUUCUGAAGACCAUCACACUGCCAAUCCAGGCAGCCCUUGCCAUGAUGAUGACGAGACUCUUGUCUUGGGAGAAGUGAGCCCUGACCCAUUGCCUGCAGCUGAAGCGGAUCAGUCUGAUGAAUCUGAACUUGAUGGAGGCAGUGAGGUUGUCGGUGCGGCCGGUGUGACAACUGAUGCCCCCUGUGAUGCUGUGCCGCCAUUCGACAAAUCUUACCAUGAAAGCGAGGAGUCUGACAGCUCGGAUGGUGAGUCUCUGGAUUUGGGAGCUGAUGUGCCCAAUCUUCCGGCAGAUUCCAAGGGCAACACGGCUCAUGGGUUUAACCUGGCAUGCCUUCAUGUGCCCCCAUUGCCUCCAAGUCCUGCAUCUUCGGCCGAAGAUGAUGGUGAUGGUGGUUUUGUCGGCGCCCUCAAGAGGAUUGAGGAGUCUCGGAAUGCUCGGAAGUACAUCACUCCUGCAAAACGUCAUGCCCCUGAUCAUGAAGAGCCGAUGAGCACUGUCAAGAUCCGGAAGGAGAAGGGCAAGGCUUCGGAUGCAGCGGUGGACAAGUCUUGGGUGGAGAAGAAGGUUGAAUCCCCGAAGGAUGUGGAAGUGACUUGCCAAGAAAUGUGA